AUGGUGCCGCCUCCUAUCGCCCGCGCAGUUCAGCAGGUGCAGGGCGUCGCGCAAGCCGCGGCGCAGUUCGCGCAGGAGCUUGUUUUCGAGCUGCGCACCGAGUCGCGGGAGGCGCUUCGAACGGGCCUCGGCAUCCCUAGGGCGGUUACCAGCAUCGCCAAGCCUAUCAAGCCAUCGUUUCCUCACCCCUCACUUUCACUCUCUCACCCCUCACUUUCACUCUCUCACCCCUCACUUUCACUCUCUCACCCUCACUUUCAUUCUCUCCCCCGUCGCUUUCACUCUCUCACCCCUCACUUUCACUCUCUCACCCCUCACUUUCACUCUCUCACCCUCACUUUCACUCUCUCCCCCUCGCUUUCACUCUCCCCCCCCUCACUUUCACUCUCUCACCCCUCACUUUCACUCUCUCACCCCUCACUUUCACUCUCUCACCCUCACUUUCAUUCUCUCCCCCGUCGCUUUCACUCUCUCACCCCUCACUUUCACUCUCUCACCCCUCACUUUCACUCUCUCACCCCUCACUUUCAUUCUCUCCCCCGUCGCUUUCACUCUCUCACCCCUCACUUCACUCUCUCACCCCUCACUUUCACUCUCUCACCCCUCACUUUCACUCUCUCCCCCCGCUUUCACUCUCCCCCCCCCUCACUUUCACUCUCUCACCCCUCACUUUCACUCUCUCCCCCCUCGCUUUCACUCUCCCCCCCCCUCACUUUCACUCUCUCACCCCUCGCUUUCACUCCCCCCCUCACUUUCACUCUCUCACCCCUCACUUUCACUCUCUCCCCCUCGCUUUCACUCUCUCCCCCCUCACUUUCACUCUCCCCCCUCACUUUCACUCUCUCAACCCCUCACUUUCACUCUCUCACCCCUCGCUUUCACUCUCUCCCCCCUCACUUUCACUCUCUCACCCCACUCACUUUCACUCUCUCCCCCUCGCUUUCACUCUCUCCCCCCUCACUUUCACUCUUCCCCCCCUCACUUUCACUCUCUCCCCCUCGCUCUCACUCUCUCCCCCCUCACUUUCACUCUCUCACCCUCGCUUUCACUCUCUCCCCCCUCACUUUCACUCUCUCACCCCUCACUUUCACUCUCUCCCCCCUCGCUUUCACUCUCUCCCCCCUCACUUUCACUCUUCCCCCCCUCACUUUCACUCUCUCCCCCCUCGCUCUCACUCUCUCCUCCCUCACUUUCACUCUCUCCCCUCUCACUUUCACUCUCUCCCCUCUCACUUUCACUCUCUCCCCCUCUCUAUUCUCGUCCCCUCCACCCCGCCUCCUCCUCCUUCCUUCUCCCCCCCCUUCCCCUGCUUCCCCUUUUCCCCUCCCCCUCUCUUACUCCCCCCUUUCCUCCACACGCGCUGCGGUAGCAGCAGCGGGCACAGCAGCCAUUACGACUGAUUUCGUCGCCCGAUUAUAUGGCGCCAGGGAGUGUGAGGGAUGCAACGGGUGGGAAGGAGUGGCGUGCACUACAUGCCGAGGAACAGGACACGCUAGAAGACAAGCGCUGCCAUCCAGCAAGUCCUCUGCACAAUCCCUCCUCGUGGCAUCGCCCCACCCCGCCGUCUCCUCCUCUUCCUCCGCAGCUGCCGCCUCUGUUUCUCUCUGCCCCACGUGCCACGGGUCAGGGGUGAUGAAGUGCUCUGUGUGCAAUGGAGACGCGUGGAAGAACAAGAUCACAUUCGACCGGGUUCUUGACUCGCCUCUGAAGGCCUGGGAUGCCUACCGCAUGGCAAAACCCGUCAUGCCAUCCCCCGAGGCAAUGCAAGACCCCAACCGCGCUGCCUUCUGGUUGCUGCAGCGACCGGCACUGGAGGAAGGGGUGGAGAUGAGCGAGAGGGACAAGGAAUCGGUGUGGUGGGAGCACGAGUGGAAGCAGCGGUAUGAGGGCAUGCGGGAGGCAGUGCUGCAGAAGCAGCCGGGCUGGCAGCAGGCGCAGCAGGCUUUAAUCGAGAUGGACCCAUCUGCAGCUCUCAACGACCCUGAGCUUGACGCUGCCAUCCGAACCAAGCCUCCCAAGGCUCGGCGGCUGCCGAAGCUGGAGGGAGACGCGGAGGCUCGGGUGGCCGCAGCUCUAGAGGAGGCUCGGAAGAAGGUGGAGAAAAUGACUCCUCCACCCCGACCCAAAGACUUUGGGUCCUUCCAGCUAGACUGGGUGCAGGAGCCGGAUCAGAGGGAGAUGAAGGGGGAGGCGGAGAGGCAGCACUGGCAGGCGAUGCUGCAGCAGCAGCGGGAGGUGGAGGAGAAAAUGUUGGACGCUGCUUGGCGGGAGACCUGGCAGAAUGACAAGGUAGAGGAGAGUUUGAAGAAAGCCAUUUCACGCAUGAAAGCAGCAGAUGAAGCAGCGAGGAGAGCAAAGGCGGCAGAGGCAGCUGCUGCUGCUGCAGGAGGGGGGGCAGCAGCAGGAGGAGCAGCGGGAGGGGCUGCAGGUGGGAAAGGAGGGGCAGCGAGCAGUGGGGGCAAGGCGGCUGGGAAGAAGAGCAGCGGAGGGGACAAGGGCAAGGGAAAGCGCUAA